AUGUGUUGUUUUGCUGAGUGUGCACGACCACCGCCGCUGCCAUGCCGUUACCCGCCGCGCUUGUGUUGCCGCUUGUCCCGGUGUUCGCCGCUGCCGCUGCCGCUGUCCUGCUCAGCCGAACUCACAGCCGUUUAAAGGGCAGCAGGCUGUUAGUGCUGAAUCAUCACGAUCCAGUCGUCAUCCAGACCCGCACAUGCUGUUCCGAGACCGGGUCGUUUCACGCGGAACAGCCACGCUAACCGACCAACCGGUGAUUUCAUAAUAACACAGACAAAGGGGGUGUACGUUGCGUACGGCUGUCAAGCUUAAAAAAGAAGCCAUGUGUCGGAAUUAGAGGACCGUGCGGUGCGGGGAGUACGAGAGCGAGUCGGCUGUCUGUGGCGCUGGUAUGGCCGGGGAUUCCCUCGUUUUACGGCCACUAAAUGGCUAGAUAUUCAGAAAGGUUAGAGUAAAGAGAGCUAGGGAACAAACCUGAACACAGAGUAACAACUUAGGGCAGCGGAAACCCUCGAAAACAACACACAACCUCAACGCUAGCUUCCCCGGCUGUCCUCUCCUCGGGGUGCUGAAGCGGCAGCGGCGGACACAGACCCAAAGCCUCCCGCUGUCGCUUCACAAACUGACUUCGUCUGUCGCUCCCUCACAGGUCCGUUCAGAAGAGCAAGGCUCUUGUGGCAUGACGACGACUAACAAAGGAAAUAAAGCCUUGAAGGUGAAGCGUGAGCCGGGGGAGAAUGGCACCAGCCUCACAGACGAGGAGCUGGUGACCAUGUCAGUGCGGGAGCUGAACCAGCACCUCAGAGGGCUCACCAAAGAUGAGAUCCUGCAAUUGAAACAACGGCGGCGCACCCUGAAGAACCGGGGCUACGCCGCCAGCUGCCGGGUGAAGCGAGUCACCCAGAAGGAGGAGCUGGAGAAGCAGAAGGCCCAGCUGCAGCAGGAGGUGGACAAACUGGCCAAUGAGAAUGCUUCGAUGCGGGUUGAGCUGGACGCUCUGAGGUCUAAGUACGAGGCGUUACAGACCUUCGCCAGGACUGUGGCACGGAGCCCCACUGUCGGGGUCGGGGUGAGGGCUGGAGGGGGAGGAGGAGGGGGAGGGGUGGCGUCAUCAGUCAUUGGCCCGCUCAUACCAGGGAAGAUGGCAACAGCGACCAGCGUGAUUACAAUAGUGAAGUCAAAAACAGAUGCACGGUCUUGAGGGAGGGAAAGAUAGAUGAGGGCAUGUUGGGAUGGAGCUCAGCUGCGACAGAGUAAUUCUUCUCUGCUGGCCACCUUUCCUCCACCUGCACUGACGUCAAACAGCUGGGCAGUCUCGAUCACAUAGCCUCAGCACGUUCCCAUCAACUGUCUCAGAGCAGUGCAGGUGAAGGAAAGGCUGGAGACUAUAAAGAUGCAAGUCCUUGGUCAGCGCAUGAUCAUUUAGCACAGGACAGAUACACAGGGUUCCUACGGUCACUGAAAGCCUGGAAAAGUCAAAGAAUUUGUUUUAUUCCAGGCCAGGGGGGGAAUGUAAUUGCCAAAACACUUGGGAAAAAUCAUGCAAUUUUGUUCAGUUGCCAUUCGUGUCAGUCAAAGUGUUCAGUGUCAGGUUUUACCACUGGUAGAUCUAGAUAUCUGUAAGUGCAUAAUAAUCCCAUCACACAUUUGCACACUAGACUUGAAGCAGACGUUUGCCUGAACCGAAAUUUGCUACACCAGAAAAAAUAUUCCAAAACAUGCGUUACAUAGAAUCAGAAAUUGACACAAAGGGUUCCAAAAUAACACACAAGAUUUCACGUGACCUGCUGAUUUCAGUGGCUGAAGAGAAGUCCCGUCAUGCUCCACCUAGCCAAGAACCUUUUCAGAAAAGUACUAUAGAAAAAUAUAUAUUACACAAUGGUGGUAACUGUAUUUCUACUGUUUUGUACUGUGUUGUCAUUCACAUGCGGUCCAAAGUGUAUUCUUUGUGUGUCGAUUGUUAUAUAUCAGGAAUUCUGUGAAAUUCUGUGGCGCGUGUUCGUUUUGGUAUUGCUAUAUUUAGUUAGCUGUAUUUUUUCUACAGUCUCUUCACUUUCUAUGUCCAGCUCUCUUGCUCUUACCUAUUCUUUCUCUGUCCUUCCAUUUUUCAAUUCCAACUGGUUUCCAUCAUAACACACAGUACUUCCUGGAUCUAGCAGACAGAGGGGUGGAAAGGAAAAGAAAAAACAAACCCACAACAUACUAUAGAGGAAAGGAGAUAUAGUUACUGAAAGUCACCGACUUUAUCUCGGUUUGUAGGAUUUUUCAGGGAAACGGUCGUUUAAACACCAGAGCUCAAGGUCUGUGUGUUUGAGCUCCUGUCAAAAAGUAUAUAGAAGAAAAUUGGAAGGGCAAGUGCCUUGGUCUCCUAAUGAUAUGCAUCAAGACGAAGUCAAGAGGAAUUGUGGAAGGACGGUGGAGAUUCAAUGCAGGUGUUUGCUUAUACCUGUGCUUAAUGUGAAACACUGACCAAUCAGGAAUCAGGUUGUGACAGCAUUUAACUCUGGCUGUGCGUUGUUGUAUGAGUUGUGUAGUAGCAGGAUUAUUAAUAUGAAUAACACCCAUUUAUGUGACUCGGCAGUUCAUUAAAAAUGCUUUUUUGAAAGUUGCUGAUCUAUUUUGAGUACAAGUCCUGUUUAUGUGGAUUACUUGGUUUGCAUGUUUAUGAUUUUGAUUGGCUCCUGACUCUGAAAUCUAGGUUAUUACAGCUACAGCAACAAUCUUGCCUCAAAUCAAAGUGGUUUUUGUUGCAUUCCUCUUUGUUUUUAACCACAAAGCUCACUUUGCAAGUGCAAGUGUGAUUACCGACAAUGCAGCCAACCAGCAAAGACAGCAAAGAUACUUCUCUGAAUUUCCAGUCACACAAAUGGGAUGUCAUUUCACACGAGUUUUCCCAUAAACAGUAGUCUUACGUGGUGUUCUAUACUCCAAGAAUCUGUGUCUAUGUAUGGUAGAGUCUGGAAUUUUAUAAAGACAAUUAUCUUUGCAUUGUUUGUAACGACCUGUUGGAAAAAAAAAAAAAAGGUAUAACAAAAUCUGUUUGAUAUACAGUAUCUCUCUAUUUUGCAAUUGUACCAAAAGUGGCUUAACUACUGAAUAGCUUUGUUCUUUCUCUAGUGACUAGGCACGUGUGUGUAACCGUGUAACUAGCGUGUGGUGUGCCGUGUAGGUAUGUGACGAGGUAACUAUAACGUUCACUAUUUCAUGGAUAUGACUUUGAUCCUUGUUUGAUUUCAGGCCGAAGCAGGUGAUGACACUGUGGGUAACUGCACUCUUUCUCUAAUCAUAAGAUCUAUGUCCUCCCGGCCCCGUCGUUCAGCUCCAGCACUGCAGAACGUGUUAGAUCGUUUGUUUAUCUGCUCGCAAUCUGCAGUCAUCAUUUGUACAUUUUAGCUUCACUUUAGCUGACCCAUUCCUCGUAUUUUUGAACCCGUCUCUGGCUGUAAUUUGGUUCUCACAGUCUUGAGAGCUAGUAAUAACAGAUAAAAUGACCACUGAGAUGAGGAAGUGUUCUGGUUAACCUCAUAAGCUUCGUGAUAUUGUGUAUUCAAGUCAUCUGGCAACAUAACAGACAUAGGAAACUCAACAUUGGGCCUAUAUGGCUGCAUCACCCCUACUCCUUCAAUAAGUUAUUUUUGUAGUGUGUGAUAAAACUAUUUGUUUUUGCUGUGUACAUUUUAUAUAGUUCUGUACAUAUAAUGUUCCUGUUUUGUUUGUUUUUGAAUUGUUCUGUAAGUGUCAGGGAAGUGAAACAAAUUUGUUAAUGUAUUUGGUGUUUUAUGAAGUGAAAAAAAAGUGUAUUCUGCUAUUUAAUGGUUUGUCAAAGAGUUAGGUUUACUUUACAAAGAACAAUUUCCUCAAAUUGUUUUUUUAACUGAUGAAAACCUGAUUUAAAUCAUUUAACAAAAGCAAUUUACAUUAUUAAAAAAAAACAGUACAUACAUGCAGCCUUUUACCUGAACCGCUACUUUUCCACUGUGAAGAAAAAGGGGUUAACUAGCCUACUGCUGUGCAGUUAUUAAGAUUAGCGAGGUAUGUCCGUGUCUGUACCCUACAUUAGUAUAAAGUCAAACAGAUGAACAAUGAGCAAAGGCAUUGGAAGGGAAAUGGGUUUGAAAAAUAUUAUUUCUCCAUAAUCUUUACUCUUUUUUAUUUCGUUCAGUCAUAGUGAAAUCAGAGAGCGACAAAUGUCAAAUGAAAUUUUUUUAAACGUCUCAUUAUCACAUGGUAUUCAGCUACAAGCAAAUACAGGUAUCACUCUGUGUAUUUAAGUAUGUGCUCUGUAUUUGUUUUUAAAAAUGUGUCCUGUUUUGUGUGGUCACAUUUGAUUUUCUACUCAUUUGCUUGUUGAAUAAUGUUUUUUAUUUUUGCUGGCAAGUCCUGUGUGGUGUGUGUGGUCACGAUGGUGUAAAAUAGGAAGAAACGCGACGCAAAAGCAAAAUAAGAAACUCCUAUACAUACUGUAUAUGUGCUGUUGUCAAACAAUAUGUCUCCAUCCAGUCUGUAUUCGUAUGCUCCUCCUGUCCACAAAGGAUGCAUACUGUAUAAGUAUACAUGGUGGCCGCUGUUUAAUAGACAUCUCUAAUUAUGCAAACUGUGUAGGGGCAAAAUUAGACCUCCUGCCACACAGGAGCAGUGAUGCUUUCGUAGUCGUCGUGUCAAGUUGUCUGUUUUAUAAUUGCAAGGUACCUGUGUAAUGUGACGAGGUUUAAGAGCUUAUAUACAGAGUGUUUAGUGUAUGUGGUUAAUAACGGCAGUACCAGUUUGUCUCUGUUUAAAUUGCUUUCCCAGAGUGCCACUUAACAGUUAACUGUGAAAACAUGAAAUCAUCAGAAAGGUUUGAUCCAAGAAAGUAAAAUCUACCGUAGCUGCAGUCAGACUAAAGAAUAUCAUUAUUCUUGUAUUCCAGACUCGAAUAUCUCGUGGUUUGUUGUAUUUCUUCCACGUGAAGCAGUGUGUCAGGUCAGGGUGUCAGAGGUGAAACGUCACUGAAGUUUCUUCCUAGUUUUCACUCAGCAGACCUGAUCAGCUGACAACUACUGACCUUUAGUGAUGAUCAGACGGGGCAGCUUGGUGGCUUUUCAUAACAGAGUUUAUGAGCUUGUAAGACACGCUGACCUUAUUUCCCGCUGCCUGUACAGGGGUCAUACCCUCCUUAUGAAAAGACAUUUCAUCACAAACCCAAGCAACAGCUCCUAAAGCGCAUCUAUAAAUAUUUUACAGAGGCAGAAAGGAGUGGUGGAGACACAUCUGAUAAGACCAUUUCCCACUCCACUUAUCCCAUCCCCUUUUUACAAAGUGUUAGCGAGUUAACUCAGCAGGCUGCAGAGCCCUUCUUCAAAGCAUCCGAUUCUUCUGGAAGAUGCAAAUCAUUAACUCCUUAUCUUGCUGCUUGGCCAAUCGGUAUGUAGUCAUUCGGUUGUUUUCCCGUCUAGUGAAUCACGCCACCGGACUCUAAAAGCCCUUUCACCCACCUCCAAUGCCGAUCGAUGAGAGUAAAUGAAGCAAGGAUUCCUUUGAUCGUUUGUUUGGUGUUUUCAUCAAUAAUAAUGUUUGUUUUGUACCCUCUUCUGCUGCUCUCUCUCACUCUCUCUGCUGCCCUUAUCAGUUGCACAGCCUCUAACAUGAAUUCUUACCCAGAGUUUAGGUAUAACAUCACGUUAACUUAUAUUUUGUUUUUUCUUGUAACAGUCUCUUGCUCUGAUUUUACUCCUGGUACCAUGCUUGUUUUGUUUUUUCUCCCAUCAAACCACAUGUGUCUAUUGGUGAGCGUUUGGCCAGGUUAAUCAUGGGGAUAUUUUUGUGUUUCUAAAAGUAUACAAUGGUCAGUUUAAAGCUAUAGAGAAGUAGUGACUUGUGUGAAUAUGGCAAAGCCUAUUCAGAAAAGCCCUUGUAAUAGGAAAUUCUGUGUUUUGUAAUAUUUCUGUAUGGGGUGUAAUAAAUUAUUCUACGACAGUACUUUCUAUGGGAAAAUACUUAAAAUGUGACAGUCUUUGUAAGUAUUUAUCUUCAACUAAAUUAUUGUACUUUCUUUUGCAAUUUGUAGAUACGUAAGUGAUGAUGACAAGGUAUUGGUAAUCAUUAAAUUAACUGUUUCAUCAUCGGUCUGAUGCAUCUUUUAAUUUAUUGAUGUAUAUACUGUAUGUUUGUUGAUAAACAGCUUACUUUAUUUUGUAUAUGACCAAUAAACAUGUUUUGAAAUGGAA